GAGCCUGACGUUCAUUGGAUUGUUGCUAUAUAUUGUUAUUGCUGCCGUUCAAGUGUUUCUCUGCGUCAUGGACCCGCCGUCUGCUCCUGCGUCAUCGCAGCCGCAGCCGCCGCGGCCGACGGCAAUGCCGCGCUUCCGCAGCUUUGUCUCUGUCGAACUGCCUUUUACGCUGGCCCCAACCGUUACCUGCGCCACGCAGCCGGACCUUCCUGCCAGCGCUGCCCCCUGCGUCUGUCCGGUGGGCGCGGCGAACGACGUCGAGGCGUUCCUCCCUGCGUCUUUUGUGGCGGAGUGCCUGCAGCGUGCCGUCCCGCAGCGCACCAGUGUGCGGCCUGACGACACCGUUAAAAGACGCGGUGAUGGUGGCGGCGGUGCGGCACCUGCGCCGUCCGCAAACACAGACGACGCCGACCUCCACGCAGACUCCGCCGAUGACGAGAGUCGGAGCAGCAGCAGUGGCAGCAGCAGUGGUGGCAGCGAUGGCGACGACGACGUGGCGACCGCUGGUGUGGCAGCGAACCGAGAAGGCGCGACGAAGAAGAUCAGCACUCAGAAAUCGGAGGUGCGCCUGCUGACACGUCACCGCCGCGACUACUGCACCGACCCGAUUUUCAGCAACUGGCGGAGUACCAACUGGGAGGCGGUGGUGGCGAAGCCAUCGGACACAGACGAGGAGAGGCGCGAUCGCAUGGAAAACUACACGGGCGAUCGGCAAGAGGACGUCGACGACGCGGCGGAUGGCACGCAAAGCCAAAAGCGCCGACGGCAGGAGGUGUUUCCGUCGAUUGAGCCGCAGGUGCUCCUCAACGGGUACUACCGCAACGAUCUGCUGGUGCAGGUGCGGCGCACCCGACGCGUACGGCGCUUCCGCGAUCCGGCGACGAACGCCGUGCUGCGCGAGGAACUCAUCCCAAACGGCGCAGACAACGGGAGCGGCGGAAGGGAAGGCGGUCGCGUCGGUGAGCCAACGCUAGCCACGGCGGUGCUCGGUGUUGUGUCGCGUGAGCUGGAGCUGGCGCGCCCUGCGGAUUUCACGUUUUCCCUCUUCACGCCGGAGCAGCUGCGCGAGUCCCCGUCGCUGUGCGGGGCUGACUUCUUUCCACCAGCGCACUACUUGUCGGCCAAAGCGCCGUUUGAGGUGCGCUACGAGCCGGGCAAGGACGCGAACACAUCCGUGACAUCCGGCAACCACGUUGAUGGUGCUGCCUCGCUCGCCGCACUUCGUGGCGAUCCGGCGGGCGCCAGUGCAGAAAGCGGAACGAACGCGGAGCUGCGCGUUAGCGGUGGCACCCCAAGUGCUGCGCUGCCUCCAACUGGCGUCUCCUCCCAGUUUGAGUUUGGUGCGCUGCCGACGAUCAGCGUCGGUCCGGAAGAAACAACGGCGCUGCCAACGCGGCUGCACGCGCACGACGACUUCCUGCACCAUCUGCCGAGCUCCCUCGACGGCAGCCGCGACGAUGACCCGCCGGAGGUGCGAAUGAUGGUGCGCCUCCUCGCGGAGCGGCCGGCGUGGAUCGUGCACGACUUGACGAACGCGAUGCUGCAGUCCGGCGUGUGUCCGCGGACGCACCGCAACAAGCAGGUGAUGAACUGCUUCACGUAUGUGAUCCGGAAUGGGCCGUUCAACCGUCUGCGGCUGCGGCUUGGCUACGACCCGUACGCGAACUCGAGCAGCGCCCCGUACGAGCGCAUUGCCGUCCGCCUGCAUCGACGCUCCGACAUUGGGGUGCGCCUGCGCGAUGUGUCGCGCUCGCCGUUGAUCGAGAACGUGCUGCGCCUGCUGCUCGAGCGCGAUCGAGCGCGGCGGGUGGCGUACAAGGCCGAGCCCGGCCACGAGCGUCGGUCGACCCUGUUAGAGCUGCAAUGCCGCGCCAUUCGGGAAGGCCUACUGGUGCUGCCCUACCAGCCCAUCGACGCGAUGGAUGACGCAGUGAUUGCCGACGUAGUGCGCAAUGUGGUGGUGGUCGAUGAGCCGAUGGAGCGCAGUCAACGUGGUCAGCGUCGCGGUUGGCUGAGCGAGGCGGCCUACACGCGUGCCAUGACGCACUUCACUGACUCGUUGGUGCUGCUGUUGGAGCAGGAGGUGGAGCCGCUGCUGCGUAAGUUUAACGGCGAGGACGAGGCAGCGCACGCGAAGAUGAAGAAGAGCGGCCCAAACGUCAACAGCACAACCUCCGCGUCGCAGCAAACCACAAGCCGCGACGACGAGGAGGACAACUCCUCCUUCUCCGCGAUGUCGUCGGCCACCGCGGGGGACCUGUCCAGCGACGACGACGACGAGUAA